GGAGCGUCACUGUGCUGCUCCGUGCGCUACCGCGACCGUGUCAGUGAAUUUGCUAGUCCAAACUUUUAUAUUUUUCUACUUUUAUAUAUAAAAAAAACACAACACACACAACAAUAUUAUUACAUAAAAAACAAAUUGCAUACAACACUGAAUCAAUCUACCGACCUAUCUAAUCGUACAGUUUGUUUAUUGCUAUUCGACCGCAUCCUCAGUUACUUUGGGAAAAAAAGUUUUGUUAACACACACAUCUCCUGCUGCAAACCUCUGUUAUAAUACACAUUAUCGUGUAUAGUACGAGUCUUCAGAAGUUACAAAACCUCUACUGGUAUAGCUUACACAAGGUUUCCAGUUUAGACAUCAGCAAUCAGAUAAAGUACCUUCCAUAAAGACGAAGUUAGAUGCUUUGAAAGGAUUAUAGCAUUGUUACUGAUCGAGCGUGGAACUUGAAAGGGAUAAAUAAAAUUACAAGAAAGUAAAAGAAAAAGCCAAUCAAGAUGCAUAUAGAGGUGCAGAUCGCUCUAAACUUCGUAAUUUCGUACCUGUACAACAAACUUCCUCGCCGUCGCGUGAACAUCUUCGGGGAAGAAUUGGAGAAAGCUUUAAAAGACAAAUUCCAGGGUCACUGGUACCCCGACAAGCCCUUCAAGGGAUCGGCUUUCAGGUGCCUGAAGACCGGAGAUCCGAUCGACAAGGUGCUCGAGAAGGCUGCUAGAGAGAGCGGCGUACCGAUCCAAGACAUCCUCGAGAACCUUCCUCAAGAGUUGGCCGUGUGGGUCGAUCCCGGUGAGGUCAGCUACAGAAUCGGAGAGAAGGGCGCCGUCAAGAUCCUCUUCAGCGAGAAGACCGACGUGCAGGACGAGAACUCCGCCGAUCGCGAAGUCACCAAAACUUUCAACCCUGAAGCCCAAUGCUUCAGACCAAUCGAAUCCGUCGGCUGCAGCCUGAGCAAUCUCACCCUGUCCCCGAAAUCUGUGACGCCGUUCACCGGAAACCAUCCGACACAGCAGCAGCCACCGGUCGGAUCGCAGCUAUCCUCCGUCAUCCAAUCUGCUAACGUCAACCAGAACGUCGUCCCCAACAAUCUCAACCAUCUCUCCUCCUCACCAUCGCCCACCUCGUUGGCCAACUCCUACAAGGGAUCACCAUCUCCCGUUCCUUCUUUCAUACCACGAACCACGACUCCGCUCACCUUCACCACGGCCACAUUUGCGCAAACCAAAUUCGGCAGUACAAAACUUAAAACUAGCAGCAAACGCGCCAACAGGAUGUCUCCAACUGAAUUCAGCAAUUACAUAAAACAGCGCGCGAUGCAGCAACAGAUCCAUCAGCAGCCGCCUCAUCAUUCUCCUGGAGGUCGCGCCGUCUCUCCAGAUCCUUCCUACUACUACACCCAUGGUCCGUACGGACACCAUGGACCGCAUCGUUCCAUGUUCGAGUCUUCCACUCAGUUCCUCAGUCCGGACAUUUACCCAGGAAAGAUACCUUUCGAACAUGCGGCGGCCAACCAAUCCGUGGGUCCCUUCUAUCAACCCAGCAACCCAACGGUAAUGGCCAACUCGCCCAGCGCCCCAACCACCCCUCAAGACAGCGGAAAGAUCUUGGACAACUGGCCAUACACAGCGGCUGGCCAAUACCAGCAUCUCCUCGUCGCCAACUGAGAUAACUAGGUGCUCCUGCGAUUUUACUUACUUUAGCUCUUGUCUAUCUUACCACAACAACCGAAAACACCAAACGAACUAUGUCAAAAGGAUGAAAGCGGAAAAAAAAGACCUAUGGAUAAAUCUAGUAACACA